UAUCAUCCAGCCGGGAUAUUUCUACUCAACCACAUAUCAACACCUGUACUGUACUCUGUAACACAAGACAAGUGGAUACACAAGGGUUGUACCAUUUUGCGAAUUCACAAAAUAAAUAAGCCUUCUCACCUCAUAGAGCAAGUCUACAAUACUGAACCGUGCUGCUCGAAGCGACUCUCGCAUAUCGUUCGUCAAUUCAUCGUGGAGGAUCAUCACCUUUAAGAGACGAGGGUACAUAUCACACCCCUGCAUCUUCAGUUCUCAGCCCCUCUCCUCAGUCCCGUUCAGGCCAGUUCGCCGCGAGAUGCGCAGACUGCAGCAGAGAAUCAGAACUCAGCAAAGCCAAGCUCCAAGCUAAAGAAAAAAGAGAACCUUUCCUCUUUUCCACUGGACGACACUCCAGCUCUCAGGGGUUAAAGCGCAACCCGCUACUGUACAGUGGUGGAGUAGGGAAAAGAGACCCCUGAAACGCGCGAAUCGUAUCUCCAGCCACUCGAAUUUACGGUGAGGAAGGAUCAUCGCGUGUGUGUCCCGUGCGUGCCCGCCGUGGCCCCUCCGAGCCGAGUAGACUGACACUACUGUACCUCACUCUUACAGUACAGCUCUGACUUGCAUCUGCAUUGGAUCUUUCGUUCGCAGCAGCGCACAUCCGCCCUUUACUCGUUUCGAUCCAGAUUUUCCUCAGAAUCAGAGUGAGGAUUAAUCAACGACACGAGAUAAUUCUCCAAUUGAAUUAAUAGCGCCUUUUCUUUCACGAAUGCGCACAGUCUGAGCUUUCCCUCCCUCUACCUCUCUUUCUCUCAUUCUGAAAUCUCACCACCAAAAAAAUUACUGCAAAUCCAGCCACCGAGAAUCCUCAAAAAGAUGGGCUUCCUCGACUGGAACGACGGUGCCUCCGUCCUCUCAGGCAGAUCUCGCCGUCACAAAUCCUCUCGCUCUCACAAGAAGCGCCGUUCGCGAUCCCGCUCCCGCUCUAGCUCCCGUGAGCGUGGCCGUGGUGGCUUCGCGGAUAUGGCAGACUCCUUCUUUGGCGGAGAUCGCUAUGGCAAGCACAAUUCCUCGCGCGCUUCAUUCUUUGGACUUGGCGGUAACAACAGCCGCUCGAGCUUCUUUGGGAACAGUCGCUCAUCCUACUACAAGCGCUCCCCACGUCAAGGCUUCGUCCAGAAGACAUACAAGCAACUCAAGCGUCUCCUCCGCGACCUCGUCCACUGGGCUAAGCGCCACCCAUGGAAGGUCUUCUUCGUCGUUAUCAUGCCCCUCAUCACGGGGGGAGCUCUGACUGCUCUUCUUGCCCGCUUCGGCCUACGUAUCCCACCCGCCAUUGAGCGCAUGCUUGGUGUCGCCUCCAAGGCUGCCACGGGCGACUCGUCCGGCCUCGUAGGCGAAGCUGUCCGCAUGGCCAGCGGUUUUGGCGGCAACAGCGCUGUUCGCGUAGAGCGCGACACGCACUCCUACAGCGGUGGCGGUGGUGGCGAUACUUGGGGUGGUUUCGCUGAUAUGGCCAAGAAGUGGAUGUGAUGUUACUUCAGCGAGAUGGCGUCGUUGCUUUGGACUUGUGACACUACCUUUUGGACGAGACGCACGCAAUUGGCUUUGCUUGAGGCGUUUCAGGAACGGAACGGAAUGGAAUGGGAAGGAUUUACUUGGGAGGAUUAUUGAGCCCGCAUCGCCAUAUUACUGGUGAUUUUACAUAGAGACUGCAAGGCAGCAUUCUUGAAUACAUUUCACGACUUAAUGACCCCUGAAUGUUGAGCUUUGUACCUGUCUGGAGAAUGUGAUCGCCUUCUUCCCAAACUCUACGAUAUCAUCC